AUGCUCUGCACAGCUAUUGGUCCCAAAGUCUUGCUGGUUGGCAAGUUUCUGCCAACUGGCAUGCACCCGUUGUCUAUUUCCGAGAAGAAAAGUAAGGGUAUGCAGAGAAGAGAGGUAAGCGGUCUGAAAUAUCUAGGCUUAUGCUUGUACCUGAGCGACCUGCGAUCCCCACCGCCGCCGCGACGAAUCGGUCUCUGGGCGGGGGCUUUUUUAACUCACAAAGAAAAUGGCUCAGCCAGGAACUGGUGCCCAGGCCAUGGAGAAGCCGGUUCCAACUUCACUUGUUCACGCCAGUCAAUCACCUCAGGGGUCUGGACCAAUGUAGUGUGGAAUCUGCAGCGAGGAAUCGCGAAGCACUUAGUAGCCGGUAGCUUUGAAGGGCUUGCCCGUCGCGUGGCGGGCGGCGACCCACUGUUUAAAUACAAACGGUCGGCGCGAGGGGUGCGCCUGGCUGCGGGCGUCUGGCUGCCGCGAAGCGUUGCCGGAGUCUGGUCUCCACGGGCUACCUCGGGUCGCAUAUGCUACCUCCCCCGUCCCUGCUGUGCGCGGCCAGAGGCCUUCGGGGCCCACUUGUUAGCUUGGCGGCUGCUGGGGACGCUGGCGAGGCUGCGCCCCAGGUUAAGCGAGGGAAGCCUCUCUCCUGCAGCCCUGACCGAAACCACAGAUCCAACCUGUACUUGUAUCUUACUCUUCUUCAAAAUACUUAUUCUGCUGGUACUGAAGAGGAUGUGUUCCAAGGAUAUACUUUGUUGUCAGAAAUUCCAUUAUCAGAGGAGCUUCAUUUCCAGAGGAUUCAUUAUUCAAGAAAUGCUUUUGUCUAAAAAGAAUGAUAAAUAUAUAAACUUUAGUCAUGUGAAUGAAGACUAUGAAUCCAGUAAUGACAUGGAUAUUCUGAAUUCUGAUAGAAAAGGCAAAGAGGAGCGGCAAACAAGUGUUCCUCUGUCCUCUGGUUAUAGUACAGUGUCAUCAGAUUCAACUCCUAGAACCUCAACGGUCUGUUACUGUGAUUUGAAGGAGAAUUCACAGGAAACAACAAUCCAGAAAAUGGAAAGGAUGAAAAAAAUGUUUGAAGAAACUGCAGAAUUACUGAAAUGUCCAAAUCACUAAUUAUAGAAUUUUCUGCAUGAACUUCUCUAAGACUUUGGCACUGUACACAUUGUAUAUUUUAAGAAUUCUCUAUAAAUUUUAAUAUACUGCAAUAUUUUUUAUGAAGAAUUUGAAUUCCAUUUGGUAAAUGAGUGUUUUUCAGUGUCGAUUAAAUACUUAAAUAUUUUUA